ACGAAGCAGACUACGCACCCCGAGGAGACCGCCGUUACUUUAACAUGCAAAUGUAUGCUAGUUUUGUUCCGAUUUGCUGUGAUUCAUGGAAGCGACCGGUUUUGUUCCGCGUUUGAAUCCGCUGUUUUAGUCCGGAUUAAAAGCCCGCGCUGGUGGGUCUGAAGAAGUCGACUGACACGUUUGAUUCAUGGGCUCAACGCGGACUUGAAAACCUCUCUGUCAAGAGGCGGACACGGGUUCGACUUCAUUCAUUUCUUAUCCAGAUUUGGGGGCCGUGAAGCUGCCUUUGGACAGUAUGGGCGCCCUGAAGAUCGUGCUGUUGAUCUUUGAGGCCGUUUUACUCACUGACUGCGCGAGAGGACCUCCAAGGGUGUCUGAGAAGGUCGCUCACAGACAGAUGGCCCGGCUCGGGAGCGCCAUCAAGCUGCCGUGUCCAGUGGACGGGGACCCCCCCCCCCUCAUCAUGUGGACCAAAGACGGGCGCAACAUCCACAGCGGCUGGAUCCGUUUCCGCAUCCUCCGCUUGGGCCUGAAGAUCAAGGAGGUGGAGGCAGAUGACACGGGGACCUACAUCUGCAAAGCCACCAACGGCUUCGGCAGCGUCAACGUCAACUUUACCCUCAUUGUCAUCGAUGACUCGGGCGCUGAUAAAACUGGAGCCGGGGUGACGGACGGAGCGGAGUCCGACUCGGGCGCGCAUGGCUCGUUGGAUAAACCCGUGCGUCCCCGCUUCACCCAGCCGGCCAAGAUGAGGAAACGGGUGAUAGCGCGUCCCGUCGGCAGCUCGGUGCGGCUCAAAUGCGCAGCCGGCGGGAACCCUCGGCCCGACAUCGUCUGGCUGAAGGACGACCGGCCGCUGACGGAGAAGGAGGUCGGCGAGGGCCGCCAGAAGAAGUGGACUCUGAGCCUGAAGAGCCUGACGCCAGAGCACAGCGGCCGGUACACCUGCAAGGUCUCGAAUCGCGCCGGGGAAAUCAACGCGACGUAUAAAGUCGAGGUCAUACAGAGGACGAACUCCAAACCCGUCCUGACCGGCACCCACCCGGUCAACACCACGGUGGACUACGGGGGCACCACGUCGUUUCAGUGCAAAGUGAGGAGCGACGUCAAGCCCGUCAUCCAGUGGCUGAAGCGCGUGGAGUCCAACGAGGAGAGCCGCUACAACUCCACCAUCGAGGUGGGAGACCACCGCUUCGUGGUGCUGCCCAUGGGGGAGGUGUGGUCGCGUCCCGACGGCUCCUACCUCAACAAGCUGCUCAUCACGCGCGCCAAGGAGGACGACGCCGGCAUGUACAUCUGCCUGGGCGCCAACACCAUGGGCUACAGCUUCCGGAGCGCCUUCCUCACCGUGCUGCCAGACACGAAGCCCCCCAUGACGCCCGUGUUCUCGCCAACCUCCAGCUCCCUCCCCUGGCCGGUCAUCAUCGGCAUCCCGGCUGGAAUAGUGUUCAUCUUUGGCACGGUGCUGUUGUGGUUUUGCCAGAGCAGAAAGCACUGCCCCCCUCCCGGUGCCCCGGCUGCUCAGGUGCUGCACGGCUCCCACCGGCCGCUGCCGUAUCGAGAGCGGGACAAGGGCGUCGCGGCGGCGGCGUCCUCCAGCUCGUCCAGCCCGGACAGAGACUGCAUGAGCUCCUUGAACUAUGAGGAGUACCUGGCACAGCAGCAGCACCUCCUCACGCAGGGAGGACCGACCACCCCCCACAAAAUCUACCCCAAGAUCUACACUGACAUUCACACGCACACCCACUCCCACGUGGACGGGAAAGUACAUCAGCAUCAACACAUUCAUUUUCAGUGUUAGCCCCAGUGCCCCCCCCCCCACCACCACCACCACCACCACCAACUGCUCCAACAUCUCAGAGGGACAAUGAGCUCUGGACUCAGGAGCAGCCCCUGAACAUCAUUCCCCCAGCUCUCUGAAAACUGUUUGGAGACGGUGCCUGAAGAAAAACAGCAAUGGCCAGUGAUACACACCUUUUUUUUUUUUACACAACCAAACUUCCAUAAUCGGUGCUUCUUUUUUUUUUUAUGUCAGAUUCUCACACCACUAAAGUCCAUUUAUCCUUGUUGUGCACUUAAUACAAAAAAAGGACACUGUUGAGUGUUUAAUCAAAGCUAUUCAAGCUGGCUGAAAGGUUUUUCUUUUCUUUUCCCUACUUGAGGUGCAAAAUGGAGGUGAGGUUUUACCUUUCACGUAUUCAGCUGUCGGAGUGCAGGGGCUCCGUAUGCUCUGUCUGGUAAUGAGGACAAGAAUGGUCCACAAGAUUUACAAAAGGGGCUGCUUUGGUGCCCCUACUCAGGUUGUCUUUGUUAAAGAUGCAUAAUGUUUGGAACGCUGACCACUAUCCUUUUCCUUUCUCCAUCCCUCACCUGUGUUCCCUGGUGUAAGUGAGAGUAGACCGGUGGGUUAUUACAGCUCUUUUAGUGGCAUGGAAACCUCCAAGGGACGGAAGAAUUUCAUUUCCAUAUUAACUCAAUUGUUUGUUUUUUUCUUCAUUUUAACUUUAUGGCAGGUUCCCAUUUUCAGUCAGUAGCAUGUUGAUCAAAACCAGCAGAGGAUGCCACCUUAUUUAACCACAGUUUAUAAAGCUGUAGUCAUUUAUAAUCAAAUUGAUUCUUGGAUAUUUAAUUUAUUUUGCUAAAUGUAUCAAAAUGUUAUUUUUCAGAGUACGGAGUUUUACACAUUUAUGAAAUGUUAUUAAAGUAUACUGUUGUUUAGUACAUUGA